GCAACAAACGCGGUCGUGACAGGAACUAGCCAGGCUAUUUAAGUGUCGUCGGCCAAGGCAACCACAGAAAUUUGUUACCUUUUCACUACAUGCCUGGAAUAAAGCCUUGGUGGGAAAGUGAAACUUUGUUUUAUAAACGAACGCCGAGGAAGUGUUGUUUUUAAGUUGUUCACUUUUGUAUUUGUAGUCCUAGUAAAGUAAAAAAAAAAUCUUUAAAAAGUUGUGAAGUGAUUGAAAUUCAAGUUUGAAAAGAAAGCGUAAGUUAAAUACAAAUGUAAUUUAUAUAAAUACAUAAUUUUGCAAUGAUGUAUCAAUGAAGAAAAUUUUUUUUUAAAAUUAUAUAUAUAGUAUCUUGACAUUGAUUUACAUAAAAAAUAGUAUUUCUGCCAGCUACUUUAGAAGUUUGACCAAUCGAACGACUGAAAAAAAGCUGCACGCAUUUAAGAUCGGAAUUUAACAUUAGCACAAUAAAAAAUUAAAAAUUAAAUUUAUAUCUAAAAUGUUACUUCAGAAUGUUUAGUUUUUCAAUGUUAUUUAAGAACCGAGGUGAAAUCAAUAUAAUCUAGGCACAAGUUCAAAGUGAGUCCAACGUUUCAUUUUAGAAGGUCUGUAUCAACUUGACCUUCUUUAUGUUGCUGUUUUAAAUUCAAUUUUCUUUCAAUCUUUCUUUGGUAAUUUAUUUUUUUUAAUUUUUUUAUUUUUUUAAAAUUAUUAUAAAAUUAUUUUUCUAUGAAAUGUAAUCUUUGAAUAUUUCACGACCGCAUGUUUUAUUGUUAUUUUUAUUAAUUUUUAAACAAAUUUGGAACGCCCUUCCUGUCGCUCUCAGAAACAACCAGACACUGGAGUCCUUUAAAACCGAUUUAAAGACACAUCUAUUUCGCAAACACCUUCUGGGAUGAUUGUCUACCAUAUUCUCCAGUUAAUGCAUAUUGGCUGUGUUGCUUAGGGUUGAAAUAAGUAGAAACACUUUGACUUGGAAUGCUUGUAAUUAGUUUUUGUAGUGUUGCGUUUGUUUUAAAUGUGGUAAUUUUCUUUUUAUUUUUAUUUUUUUAUUUUUUACUUUUAACUUAUUACCACGCUUCGAGACUUUGGCGAUGAAGCGUGUUUUUUAAAUUAACUUUAUUAUUAUUUUCAUUAAAUACUUUUAAUUGUGAUUGUGAUAUUUUUUUCAGUUUUUGGCGUUACCAUAGCAACAGCCUGAUACUCUCCACCCUCUGAGGAUGGCAACAGCGAGCAUCACUUUUGUCAUCAUGGCCAGUUUGGCCUUUGUUUUCAUUACAGGUACGUCAUGGCCGACACCAACAAUUAUGCAAAUGGCUUUAUUUCAAUUAGACCCACUAAACAACUGAAUUUGUAAAAAAAAAAAAAAUUCGUUCUUAGCAUCAGUCUAUUAGUAUUAGCAAAACGUUCUUAUAUGACAUACAAACAUAUAUUUCAAUAAAUUUCAUCUGUGGUCACGCAUACAAAAAGAACUUUCAGCAAGUUCAUGAUUUUUUGCUGCUUCUAAUUUGCAGCUCAACUUCUUCAAUCAAGCUUCAAUAAAUAUCAUCAAUUUAUAAACGCACAACAUUUCCAAAACCUCAAAUAAAAGUUUGAGAUCUCUGUUGGCGCAGGUCAUUCGAUAGUCCGCAAAAGUUGGCCAGGUUUAACUGUCUUAAAGACUAAAGUUGGAAUAAAAUAUCCGUUAUCGAUGGCCUAGGACAGUGGUCGGAAAAUCGCGACUCGCGAGCCGCAAGCGACCUGAGUGCGGCUCGGCCAGUCGGUCACAAAUCGGUUUUGACUCCCCAAAAAACGUGGUUCUUAACAGGUUCUUGAAAGAAAUGUUUAUCGUCCUGCUGCUGAUUUUCGGCUCUUUUGACUAAUGAGUUUGCCGAACACUGGCCUAGGGAAAUAAGUUAAUAAAUAACUGCUGUGAAAUUGAAACAAACAUUCAUUGGUGUACGAAGUGAAUAAUAAUAUAAUCAAUUUAAAUACUUACCUCAAACUUGUUCUAUUUUAUCAAUUCAAUCUGAUUAUUUUAUUUUUAUGACAAUAUGAAUUUAUUGAACCUCUGGUACAGCUGCUUCGAUAUAUCAUUCUCGUCAAAUUUUUUUUCGCUCUUUCCAUAAUAGAUGUAAUGAUCUUCUAACGUAUGCUUGUUUCAGAAAUCAAGGCACAGGUUACCAUCGCUGUAACCAGUGACAACGCAACAACGUCAACCAAUGAAACAACAACAACACCCUCAGAAAUGACAACUGCAUCUGAAAUAAUAGCAACCAGUGCCUCCCCGGGACAACCCGGACCUGAUGGGACAACAACGGUGACACCCAGCGCAACAACGGCCCCAGGUGCUACGACAGCACAACCCACUGCGACAACAACUGCUUCCGCGUCUCAACAAACCACUCCAAGGACCGCAACACAACCUAACACCGUUGGUCCGGAGGUCACUGCCAACGGCAACCAAAUUGAUCCAACUGGAGACGUCACUACCUCAGCUCCAGCCAGCCCAACGACAACACCUACAAACACUCCAACGUUAGCGUCAACAACCACGGCAACCACAAAGAAACCUGCAACUAAUCCUUACGGCCCAGUCCGGCCAUUGCGCCCUGCCCCGCUACGACCCCUAACGCAGCAGCAGCGCAACAUGGCAAGUCUCUAUCCAUGGAUGAUGUUGGGCAGUGAUGCGUUUCCUUGGAUGUUCUUGUUGGCGAAUCAACAGCAGCACCAGCACCAGCAACCGACAGCCGGCAUUAACGCGAUAGCGCCACUGUACGUGGCCGGCGUGGAUCCCGACCUCCUACCUUUGUCUUAUGUACUGGCCAACCAGCGACCGCAGCAAGGACAGCAGCAGCAACAGUCUCAGCAACAGCAGAGACCACAGCAACAACAGCAGUUUUAUCCGCACAACCCAAGCCAGAGCUACUACCAGAACCCAAACCAUCACCAGCAAACGAACAACCUGGCAAAUCUAUUUUUCCUUAGUGAGUUUUAAACUGCUCGACUGGGAGUCAAACGGCAUGCUAGAAGCAAAGAGCGCACACGUGUCUUCAGCGCGCCUAGACGAUUUGGGGGGAACAUAAUGCAAUCAAUAUCCAUUGCCCUGGUGUUAAUUAUGUUAUUUAAAAAAAAAAAAAAAUUCUAAAGAUUUGACAGCAAUGAAUUUAAUUUCAUAAAUAACCUUUUAAAUGCAAGCGAACAAUAGAAGAUUCAAUUAAAAUUAAUUGUAUUUUGAUUUACUAUUUUAAUGACAAGAGACUUAGAGAAAUGUAGCUAGUGCUAAGUUAUUAGUUCUGUGUGAUAUCUCUCCAUAACACUAAAACAAGAUACCUCUCCACAAUGCUAAAACAAGAUACCCCUCCACAACACUAAAACAAGCUGAAAGUGGCUAAUUUAUUAGAGUUAUCAGUCGUUGAUAUUUCUGCUUGAUCAGUGGCAGUAUAGGUGCACUAAAAUAGUUCUGGAACUUUCAGAAAUCCUCUUUUUUUUUAAAUUUCAAUUACGCGGCUUAAUUUUAAAGCUAAAACAUUCAUUGCAUUGGAUCUUAUGGUGUCUUGAAUAAAUUAGCCAUAUGGUGGCUUGAAUAAAUUAGCCAUAUGGUGGCUUGAAUAAAUUUGGCAUAUGGAGGUUUGAAUGAACUUACCACAUGGUGGUUUGAAUAAAGUUCCCAUAUGGUGGGUUGAGUAAAGUUUCCAUAUGGUGGGUUGAAUAAACUUGCCACAUGGUGGUUUGAAUAAAGUUUCCAUAUGGUGGGUUGAAUAAAGUUUCCAUAUGGUGGGUUGAAUAAACUUGCCACAUGGUGGUUUGAAUAAAGUUUCCAUAUGGUGGGUUGAGUAAAGUUUCCAUAUGGUGGGUUGAAUAAACUUGCCACAUGGUGGUUUGAAUAAAGUUUCCAUAUGGUGGCUUGAGUAAAGUUUCCAUAUGGUGGUUUGAAUAAAGUUUCCAUAUGGUGGGUUGAGUAAAGUGUCCAUAUGGUGGGUUGAAUACAUUAGCCAUAUGGCGGUUUGAAUAAAUUGGCCUUAUGGUGGCUUGAAUAAAAUAGCCUUAUGCUGGGUUGAAUAAUUUGCCAUAUGGUUUUUUGAAUAAACUCGCCAUAUGGUGGCUUGGAUAAAUUAGCCAUAUGAUGGGUUGAAUAAAUUUGCCAUAUGGUGUCUUGAAUAAAUUAGCCAUAUGAUGGGUAGAAUAAAUUUGCCAUAUGGUGGUUUGAAUAAACCUUCCAUGUGGUGAGUUGAGUAAACUUUCCAUAUGGUGGCUGGAAUAAACUUUCCAUAUCGUGGUUUGAAUAAACUUGCCAUAUGGUGGUUUGAAUAAACUUGCCAUAUGGUGGUUUGAAUAAACUUGCCAUAUGGUGGUUUGAAUAAACUUGCCAUAUGGUGGGUUGAGUAAAGUUUCCAUAUGGUGGGUUGAAUAAACGUGCCAACUAUUUCGUCAUGACCUACAUCUAUGACGUCAUUACUCGCACGCCUGCGAUUAUCUGGCAGUCGGGAGAGAAGCCACACCGGUGCCAGGCGAAACGUCGUCAGUUGUUCCCCUUGACACGUCACGGUUUCUUUGAUGCCUUCAGGUCCUCGCAUCCACCCCCUUCCCCCCACACCCCCAAUGUCUAUGUAACAGGGUCUGAACGUACGGCAUACAACUGGCUAAAAAUGUUCAUGUACAAUAUAAAUUGUUUACGCAUUAUUAUUUAUUAUCAUAUGAAAGUUUUUUAUGUUGCAGUUAUUAAAUGCUUAUUAUUUUGAAUGUGUUGAAAUCUGAGUUGAAUUUAUGAAUGUACUAAGUACUACCUCCAACUAUUAGAUUAUAAUUUGAUGGUUAAAAAUACGUUGUGUUUGAUUGGGCCGAUGGAAAAAAAUGUGUAUUCUUAAAUAAUUGUUAAGGCACUUUACACUCACAAUAUAAGCAGCAUCGCGGGAUACAGGUGCAUGUCACGGGAGAAUGUGAUGGGUCUAGAUGUUGUAAUCAUUCUUGAUUUAGACCUAGGUUUAACAUGGUAGAGGAAUUAUCCUAAAUAAACCUACGUUUAGCAUGUUAGAGCAGUGGUUCUAAACCUGUGGGUCGCGACCCCUAGGGGGGGGGGUCAAACGACCCUUACACAAGAGUCGCCUAAGACCAUGGGAAAACACAUAUUUAUGAAGUAGUAACUUUGUAAUCAUUCUUGAUUUAGACCUAGGUUUAACAUGGUAGAGGAAUUAUCCUAAAUAAACCUACGUUUAGCAUGUUAGAGCAGUGGUUCUAAACCUGUGGGGCGCGACCCCUGGGGGGGGGGGGUCAAACGACCCUUACACAAGAGUCGCCUAAGACCAUGGGAAAACACAUAUUUAUGAAGUAGUAACGAACAUAAUUUUAUGGUUGGGGGUCUCCACAACACGAGGAACUGUAUUAAAGGGCCACGGCUUUAGGAAGGUUGAAAACCACUGUGUUAGAGAAAUUAGGCUACAUAAACGUAUGUUUUACAAGUAACAGGAAGUAGGCUUAAAAAACCUGUGUUUAACAUUUUACAGGAAGUAGACUUAAUAUAAAAAUUAUUCUUUUAUGACAUAAAGAGAUGGCAAAAUAUCAUAUUUAAACGUUUCACUAAACAAUGACUUGAAUGUGGAGACUUGACUUUGUGAUCUGUGCUGUGCCUUAGUCUUAGUGGAAUGUUUUCACCUUCAGAAGUCUAAUAAACCUUUGUAUCU